GGAGCAGCUGACGUCUUGCUUUUCAAUCCGAGGACUGCGAGUUGACAACUUUGAUCCAACAUUAUCACGACCUUUGGCCCGAUAUCUUAUCACCAGACCCUGUUUGUUACCUCGGUAUUUUACUAUUAUUGGGAAACGCGAGGGAAAAUGCAGUCCACGAAAACUAUGAGGAAGCGAGUCUCGAGAGCUUGUAAUUUAUGUCGGGCGAGAAAAGUGCGGUGCAUCAUUGAGAAUCCGGCUGGUCCUUGUGUCAAUUGCAGACACAACGACAAGGUCUGCACAUUCAAGCGCCGCCAUGGAAUAAUAUCAACGACUCCUUCACUACGACCAAACGAACCCCCGACGCCCCGAUCCAUCGAAGAAGCAACAACCACGACAUCCGAACCCCGAAACAUCCUCCCCGCAACACAGAAGCCAUCGCCACCAUCAGCCCCUACAACAAUCGCGCAAACAUCACAAGAAGCAUCGAAUUUCGCGCAAAAUGCCGCUGGAUCGCCAACGCAUCCCGAUUACGCAUUUCUCCAAGUCCCUGAUACAAAAGACCUGCUCCCGCAAGAUUUAGCAUUCCUCGUUAGUCAAGGAUGUUUUGUGGUGCCGCAGCGCGCGGCGCUGGAUGAUUUUCUGCGACAGUAUUUUCUGCAUGUUCAUCCGAUGCUUCCGAUACUGAAUGAGAAGGAUUUUUGGCUUUCGUAUAAUUCGGUGGAUAAUGAUGUGGAGUAUGAGAUGCCGAUGCUGGUGCUGCAGGGAAUAUUGUUCAUUUCUUCUGGGUUUGUUUCGUCCGAAACGAUUAAAAUGCUGGGCUUUGCGGACGUACAUCAAGCCAAACUCGCAUUCUAUCGUCGAUCAAAGCUUCUCUAUGACUUCAGCGUCGAAAAGUCUUGCAUCGCCAUAGCCCAAGCCUCCCUCCUCCUCGCCCACACACACCUCAUCCCCCGCUGCAUAGCAGGCAACAAGCCCCUCGGCUCAAUCUGGCUCGGCAUCGCCAUAUCCUACGCCCGCGUCGCCAAAGCCCACUGCUACUCCUCCCUCCGCCCCAACAAGGACACCGAAGUCGCCAAGGUCCAAAAACUGCGCAACACCCUCAAGCGCCUCUGGUGGUGCUGCAUCAUCUGCGACCGCCUCCUCCCCCUAACAUCCCGCCAGAGCAUAAAAAUCACACCCUCAAACUUCAGCUUCUCAUGCUCAAAGUUGGGAAGUGCGGAUUUGUGCGAUGAGCUGUAUAAUUCUGAUGUGUACGACUCUACGACCAAGACGCUGCAUGCUGAGUUGCUUUCGAGACUGGUGGAUCUUUGUGUGGUGCUGACUGAUGUUUUGACGGUUACGUCGGUGCUUUAUAAUAAUCCGUCGUGGAUGUUGUCGGGGAGGAUGGAGGUUGGCAAGGAUGCGAGUUUGUGUCAGAUGGAGCUUGGUCGGUGGUAUAGCUCAUGGAGUGAGACCAAGACGACGUUGGAUGAGAGGAUGGCUGAGGAGAUUUCUCCGGCGUCGUCGAUUAUCUUGUUCAAGAAUCUCAUUGAGAUGUACUACCACUCAGCGAGACUCUCAGUCUGCCAUUACAACAUUCUUCGAUCAAGUUUAUUACCGCCCUCUCAAUCCGAUACGCAACUCCGACGACAAAGUGAGGAUCUUCAAGGCUCAGCAUCACGCGUCACAGAAUGUCUUCUCGAAUUCGACCGCCUAGGGCUAUCACGCUGGCUCCCAAUGACUGCCAUCGGAUGCACAGCAUUCCCGCUAGCACUUCAAAUGAUCGAUGUCGAACUUCUCCGUCCCAAGAAACCUGCGUCACCAGAAGAAGGCGUCAAACUCACCCAAAAGGAACAACACGUCGAGAAUAUUCUCAAGCAAAUGAAGAGCUACAAAAAGAAAUAUUACAUCACAGACUGGGUCAUGCGGGCUAUUCGACAUGUCGUUGAGCUUGCCAGACAACGAUCACCGGCACCCAUGGCUUCUGAGGAUGAAUCUUCACCAAGUAGCUGUCUCGAUAUGCUCAAAACACGACCGAGUUACUACUUACGACUCGUCAUGACGCUUGAUAUGAGUAUCAGCAACGGCAGACUCCCAGAUGAAUGCGACUUUCCUCCAUCGUUACGAAAAGCAGGUCGGGGCCUGGGCUCCAGAUCUCAAGCAACCUCCAUGCCAACCGUCGACGAGCAAUCAAUGAAGCGUUUCUCCGCCAUGAACAAACAUCUCAUCCCAGACAAUCUAACAGACUUUAUGGAUCAAAACAACAUCAUGACUUCAAGCCUGCAAACUCAAGAUCUACGAAACAUCGACCAAGAAGCGUUCUUCAACAAUAAACAGCCCUUCCCCGCUGAUUUAACAGCAGCGUUAUGCGAAAUUACGAAUAUUCCACCGCUGGAUUUUAGCGAUAUGUCUUUGAUGGAUUCAACACAUUUUAACGACUUUGGCGGCGUUCCUUUUUGGCCUUAUGAUUUAUUGGGGUCUCCGCCUGAUCAGGCUGUUGGACGAGUUGAUGAGGUUGGGAUGAAUGAUAUGUUUAACGGAUUGAUGGGGGAUAUGAAUGAUAAGAAUUAUGAAGGGAAUGGUAAGGAGGGUGGAGCGAAUGAUAUGGUUGUGGAUUCUUUUUGAGCGAGACAUGUAUUCAUAUUGGGACGGACUAUAAAAGCACUUGUUUUCUUUCAGCUGGCAGAAUUGUCUUCGUGAUUGUUCAGAAUUGAAUUGACUAUCUGCAACUACCACUUCACCAACUCUUGAACCUUAACAGGCAUACCACUCUUCAUACUAUGAUUCGCCCCAACACCCACCAAAACCGCAUUCCCUCCAUCCCGAAUAUUAGCAGCCCUCUUGAAAUUAUCAACCUCACCCCCCAAAAGAACAUCCUUCAACAGCACAGGGUCACCUCCUCCAUGACCGCCCUCCUGCUUCACAACAUCCACAACAUACGGCUUAUCAAACAGGGGAUAAACAACAAUCUUGGUCUGCUCGACACCACCCUGGAUGUACUUCUCGUCCUCUCCCGAAGCGUCCUUCGUUACGGGAUCGCCGAGGGGGUUGUACCCGCUCUCAACGACGUUGACUUCGAUACGGCCCUUGCUGCCGUUGAAGACACAGCGAUAUCCUUCCCAUGGGGCGUAGGCGUAUGUGUUGUAUGUCAUGACGGCGCGGUUCUUGUACUUGAUGAUCAUGGAGAGGUUAUCCUCGAUGGUGAUACCCUCUGCAAAACAGUUCCUGUCUCGGAUAUAACCAUCUUCAUGCUCAGCGUCAAGAUACAACUUCUUCAUGCGUUCAUUCUCAUCAAGUUGGAACGCAAAAGGGUCGUUCUUCGCAUUCUCAUUGUUCUGAUACCGUUCACCGAGAUUCUUUUCCCCACGCCUCUCAGCGUUUUCUUUGCCGUAGAAACGAAGAUCACCAAGGCAGUAAACAAGCUCAGGCUCAGUGUUGAGCCAGAAAUGCACAAGGUCGAAAUGGUGGAUUGACUUGUGCAUCUGAAUGCCACCACUAGUUUCUUUAUGUCGAUGCCAACGUCGCAUAAAAUCUGCGCCGUGUGCACAGUCGAGAAUCCAGUCCAUGUGUACUGUUGAAAUCUCGCCAAUGACGCCAGAGUCGAUGAGUUCUCGAACUUUAGUAUGAUGCGGCGCAUACCGAUAGUUGAAAAGAACACGGACUUGUUUCCCCGUCUUCUUCUCUGCGUCAAUCAUAGCUUGGAGUUUAUGCUCAUCGAUAGUCAUUGGUUUUUCCGUGAUGGCAUCGCAGCCUAGCUCCAUUGCUCUAAUGCAAUAAUGGUGAUGGAAAAGAUCAAUUGUCGUGACGAUGACAACAUCGGCUUUCUGCUCUUUGACCAUCUUGUCAAACUCUGUGUCCUUGUACGUUUGCACUUUUUCACCGCCGAGCUCGACGAUGUGCUCGUUUGCUACGUCCAUGCGAGUCUGGUUCGUAUCGCAGAUUCCAACAAGCUUGGCGACGUCUUUGAAGUCCUGGAUGAUAGCUUGGUAGUACAUAGCCGAGCGAACGCCCAUGCCAACAAUGACAUAGCGCUUAACCUGAGGAGUAGCCAUGAUGAAAUAACAAAGUCCAAAAUUCUGUGUAUGAGUGACGAUGAAUGAUGAACCCCUCAUGGACACGAGGAUGUAUA